AUGUCAUCUGAGUCCUGUGCAUUUAUGUACACGGGAGGCGUGUCAACUAAUGUCGGGAAUGAGACAGUUUUAGGGACUCCUGUUCCAGUUGCACAUUCAACUGCUGGCGGCAAUAAAUAUUCAGCUUACAACAGAAAUAGUCGGGCCUACUUCGACGAAAUCCUACCAACUUCACCAGCUUUCCUAAAACGGACUUACGUUAUUGAAGGCAGUAAAAACCACAAAAAUCGUAAUAUUCAAGAUGAAGGCAAUAAAGAAGCUAGCAUUUUAAACAUUGAUACAAUAAAGGGUCUUUCAGAUAGUGUUUUAGAUCGCAGCUUGCAGGUUCGUAGACACGAAGUGAUUACGAAAAAGUUAAGUGAAAAGAACCAAAUUAAGCAACUGGAUACCUUCAAUGUUGAACACUGUCAGCCCCCUUCUACGGAUAUUGAAACAGAGCAACAGAAAAUUCAGUUCGAUGACGAAGAGCUAAAAAUGUUGGAAGAUGCCUUUAGUGAUUUCGAUUGUGGUACAUCAGAAACAACUAUCCCAACUCGCGCGUGUGAAACAUUUGCCCGUCGAGUAUCAUGCAAACCACCGGCGACGGAGGAAGAGUGUUCGGAAGGCAACACAACAUCAGUUCCUUCUUUACAGUCAGCCGAGGGCAGUGGCGAAGUAGAUGGUAGUAUUGUUGAUGUUGAAGCACAAGAUCUUGCACAACCACAUAUUGUUUGCCCGGCUACCGGACCUUCUACUCAAGUUUCAGAAGGUCAUUCAGACAAUACUACUGACAAGCAGUUAAGCUCACAGACUAAUGGAGUUGAUCAGUCACUGAUAAGAUCUCGUGUCAAACUAUAUUCACACCUACCAUGUCUUACUGGCUUAUCAUCUGCUCUUGAGAGUAAUUCAUUCGGCAACAAAUCAGAUAAUUGUGUACCACCUGAACUGCCUAAACCAACUACAAAUUUGAAUGCAAAUAAUUCUGUGUCGCUGUCAUCAGUACAUGAUGUAAAUAGACAACUCCUAAGCCAUACAGACAGUCAUCUUGCUAAGUCAGCUGAUGCAAAUAAUAUUUCUGAAGCUCCUCAAGAGCAGAUUUCAAAACACGAGUUAUCUGAAAAUGCUUCACGUGAUAUCCAGAAAGUUGAUAAUGCUAUGGAAGCUGACAAUACAAUAUUAGGAAAUCUGGAUAUGUCAAAAAUCGACAUUAGCUGUUUACACAUGUCUGAUAUUGAUGGCUUACUGGAUAUGAUAACUGCUCUGGGUAAGCAGUCUAAAACUUGUGAACCAGCAACUCAGUACAAUAAAGUAUCUUCACAGUUAACUAAACAAGUGGCUGCUGUCAGACAAGCACUGAAACCUGCUGUUAGUAAUACGAUUGGUUCUAAUAAGAUUAUUUACAGUUCAGAUGGGAAACAACUAAAUUUUCCUUUAUCCAAGGUCGACGGGGGAAAAGAAAAUGUACCACCUGCUAAUGAUGAUAUGAUUUGUUCUGAGAAAGAAAAUCAAAGCGUCCACAGAAAACACUCUCAACAUUCGAAUCCUCUUCGUUCAAAUGAAUCUACCAAUUCGUCUAUUAGAUAUCUACCAAAAGCUGGACAUGAAAAUUUAUCGAUUAAUAAAGUGUCUAUAACGCCUCAGAAAGAUGCUGUUUGUUCAGAAAUGUCUAAAGCUCAAAAAAUUCCUAUUCUUUCAAAUACUGACUGUUUAAUAUGGGCUGGAGCUGUUUGUGGACAAAUGCAGCGAAAGAGUUUCCUCAUUAAACAUAAAAUGGAUAAACCGGUCACACUAUCAUUUGCCGUUCGUCCUAAAUCCGAAGUUUUCAAACUUGUUGAUGAGAAUGGUUAUCUUAUUACGGGUACGUUUCGUGUACAUUUACCACCGAAUCUUGAAUAUGAAGUUAAUGUUGCCUAUGUAGGCAAGCAUCCAGUUUCUUGGGAUUUUGCAAACUUAUUUUUUCGUUUAGAGGAUGAAACACUAACUCGUACCUCAAAGGUGAGACUAAUCGGAUAUACAAAUUCCAGCCAGUUAGUGUAUUAUUGUUGUUCAAAGUUAAGUUCUAAUGUUUAUUGGACUGUAGCAUCGAAAGUCGAUCCUAUUUGUGAGAUGAUUGAUAAAAAGAAUGAAAGAACAAGUCUUCAGUCCCCAAAAAGCUGUUUAACUUCAAAUUUAUCUGGAUGUUGUUUGGCGAGAAUCACUGUCAGCAAUUUUGGUGCAAGAUCUGCAUGGGUUUGUGCACGUGUGGAAUGUUUGGAUCAGAAAUCUGAUGAUCAAAAAGAUUGUAACGAGUUUUCUGAUAACGGGAUAGUAGUUGAUCCGGAAAAUUUGGUGAUUGGAUCAAAACAAUCUGAGAGUAUUUCUAUCACUUUAAAACCUGGAGUAAAAGCUGCACGUAUUGUGUUGUAUCACGGGGAUGAAAUACUUCGUUAUCAAUUUCGACAAUUAUACACUCAGUCUCAGAAAACAUCGAAACACGAAAAGCCAUCUAGCCACAGUCAGAAGGAUAGUCGCUUGCGUUUUCUAGAUAUUUUGAAAGAUUUUGCACAUGAACAGUCUAUUCAAGUUGUUGAACUGCCAUCAGCAUCACACAACGAUCUUCGACCACAAGAUUGGCGUCAAGCUUUGAUAGAUCAAGUGCAUCAUUGUGAGCCUAUGUACUUGUAUAUUUAUGCAUCAAAAGAAGACCAAGCUUCCAGUUGUGUAAAUCAACCUGAUGUAUAUUCAUCUCAUUCAGUAUGCGAAUCACUGUUGGAAAAUUCCUUAGCUAGUGUUUUUGUACAACGAGAUGCUUUCAAGCAGCGAAGUUCUCUUAAUUCUGCUCUUCAAGAUUGUACGGUAUCCUUGUCAUCGAAAUCAUUAUCUAAGCGAUCCAGUUUACAAGAAGCCUGUCCACCAGCAACUAAUCUCAGUCCCAGUAGUAUUUCGACUAAUCGAAGGGAGUUGUUAGAUUUACAACCUCCGAAGAUAAAAUUGAUUCCUUCCAAUACUUUGGUAUUUCCAUCUUGUGUUCAUGGAUGUUCAACAGAAGCUUCUUUUUCAGUAAGUUUAGUAGAACAAACAAGCAACUUUCCGAUUCCAUCCAGUAGUGAUUCUCCUUCAUUAUGGAAAGUGUUUUGGUCAGCCAAUCCUGUGACAGAUGUACAAGUUAAACGGCCUACUGUGCAUUCUUCAUGUUCAGUAAGCAAAAGGCUGACUUUGGGACGGGAUGUAUUUCAGUUGAUGCAUACAAAGGCUGAUUCACUCAAGAAUAAUUGUUGUCAGUCGACUGAUAAAUUUGCUAUCCUGUCAUCUGAUCCUAACAAAGCUGGACAUGGUCAAUUGGUUAUACCCUUUCGUUUUACACCUGUUUCAUCAUAUGAAAAUACAAUGUUUCAAGAUUGGCACCUUAAUUUUUGGAUAGAACCAUCAUACUCACAGAAUAAACCUCGUCAUGAAGUACGAUAUAACCCAAAAGAUUCGGUUACACUUUUAGUCACUUUAGAAGGUUCGUGCUGUAAACAACCUACGCUAAAUAAAAGAUCUCCAUGCGCUCAUCUACAAAACACAUGUAAUAGCAAACUUGAAGUAUCCUCUUCACUGUCCAAAGAUCUCACAUUCAAUGAUCGUAAUGUGUCGUUGUCGAAAGAAAGUGCUGCAAAAUCUGUUCCUAUAGGUCUACUUGAUAUUGUCGGUCUACCGGUUAAAUUUGAGAUCAUAGAUUCAAAGUCUACAACAACCAAAACUCGUUUCCACAAUAUUAUGCUGAUCAAUCGCUUGAAGACAGCAGAGGUCUUCGUCAAACUGCAACUUCCAAAUCCACCAUUUUAUAUGACAGAACCAAACGAAACGAGGUUUCGUAUCGCGCCUCGUUCUCGUGUAAAGCUAGUGCUUAGCUUUCAACCUUACGAUUUGGGACGUGCAAGUUCAGUUUUGGGAAUUCGUGUUGAGUGCCGCAACCAAACAGAAGCCGAAAAACCAACUGUUGAUACAUUUCAAAUUCACUUAUUUGGCACAAUGAACUAACUUUGCUUUCUUAUAUUUCGCACCUACAUGUAUAUUUCUAUUGUGAUCUUAAUAUUUACUAAAUAGCAUAUGAAUUUUAAUACA